UGUAAGAAAGCCCUUUAUGAGGUCAUCAUCCUACUCUGGCCAGAGGGAGACAGGCAAGUUUUGAAAAAUACUUGAAGACCUCCCAUGCCUCACUUUGCAAAACCUCUUUUGAGAAACAUCAUUACCAGAAAUCUAUUCAAUAGCAUCAAGAAGAAGCAAUGUCUCCAGUAUUUGCAAACACUGAGAACACUGCAAUAUGAUGGGUUUACAACAGUAUAUUUUGGGGAAACUGAUAUCCCUGAGAGUCUCGUAACUGGGGAAGAUUUUAGUGAUGGUUAUUACAUGCCAACUCCAACCUGGUGUGUCGUGCAUGCUGGUGGUAGUCAAGGAUGGGUGCCGUGGAAAUAUCGGAUGUUCCUAAGGGAUGAGUUAUGCAUCAAACAGGAAGACAACCUCUUCUUUGAGUUCUGUGAUGUGGUGAAGAAGGCCUAUGGCAAGUGCGCCAUUGUGGUCAAAGAGAGAAGGCGGCAGGACGAGACGAGGCCGAAGGAGGGCAAGGAGACUGAGGCCCAGGCCCAUGUCCCCUCGGUGGUCAACUUAACAAGUGUCACAUGUUGUCCUGAGGUAGCCAAGUCCUAUGGCCAUAAACUACUCACUCUGCCUUCUCCUUACAAUUACCUGAACCCUUUAGACUCAGCCUGGUCUUCUCUGAAAUGGUUCAUCAUCAAUAACAGGAAGGAGUUUUGUCUGCAGUCUGUGGAUGGUGCCUAUUCUUACCAGUAUCUACUCUUCAGUGAUUUAAUCAGCAAAGGAGUUGAAAGGAUAAACCUUAGCAAAUGGAGGACAAUAACUAACAAAGUACGGAGGUGGGAAAAUUACUAUCUUGGUAAAUUUUCUUAAGGGUGAUGAUCCCUCCAACCCGUGGUAGGACGGCGCUGUGGGCAUGAUCUUUACUGCUUCUGUUGGCCUUGAUUCUGGACCACUGUGGCCAAAGACACUCUAAUAAUGACCUCACAGGGAUCCUGUGAGAACUGAGGUUCCUACGGGCUUUGGUAAAGUGCUUAUGGGUUGCUGAGGGGUUUCAUUAAAUCUUGUUGGUAAA